UUUGUCAUUGGACAUCAUGCUGUGGGUGGCUGGGUGAAGGUGUUCGGCUCAGGAACAAGACUUUACGUAACAGACCCUGUGAAGGAACGAGUCAAAGAACCUCAAGUGUACGUGUACCCAGUGUCCACGCCAGAAACAGGAGAAAAAUCUUUUUUGCUGUGCCAUGCGAGAGGCAUGUUUCCAGACCUGGUGAGAUUCACAUGGCAAGCAAAAGAUCAGAGUGGAAAAAACGUGGACUUGAGAGGUGAUGAGCGGCUGGAGCAGAGAGACGAGGAUCCAGAAGUCCGAAUAACCAGCAUGCUCAUUGUAGGGAAGGACAAAGCAAAGAACAAUAAUUUCAUCUGCACUGUUAAACAUGACAGCAGUGUUAAAGACAAGGAAUUACCCAUUCCAAGAGAAGAAGACACUUCUAAGUCAAACGCUGGUGUUCUUAAUACCUGUCCAACUAAAAAAGCAGAAGAAGCAGAAGAAGAGGAAGAAGAAAUCAUGAAUUUUGGUGUGUUUGAGCACAGCCGCAGUCUGUACCUAUUCAGUGUGACCUACGUGAUACUGCUGGUGAAAAACGUGUUGUAUUUCGGCACCGUCUCUGUCUUACUGUUCAAGAGAAAUCCUGCUAAGAUAUAGAUGAUUAGAGGCAAAGUUCACUGAUCAGUCCAUCAGCCAAAAAACACAACUCAACACACCGACUUCUUUCAGAAUUAUCUACAUGUAUUUUUACUUUUAAUUUUUAAAUUCAAAAACUUUCACUUGGAUUCACCUGACAAUUCUUUUGCCUACCUUUUACUAUUAAUAUUUUUUUGUGUUUAAACAAUUUGAAGAUUCUAAUCAUUUGCAUAUUUUAAACGUACGUCAGUUUGUAUGCACAGUUAAGUUGAAACUUUCUUUCAACUCGUGAUAUCAUCUUAUAACCAUUCUUUGCAUUUGUUGUCUAUACAAUUGUUUUAUUAACGAUGUGCUACUGUUUUAUUAAAAUAUUUUCAUAAAUAUUUUUAAAAAGAAGUAUUAUGUGUGAUGCAAAAUAAUUAAUUAAUUAUUUAAACAUUCGCAUCAAGACAGUUCUAAUAUUUGAAUAAUAAACAUCGUAUCUUGUGUGUAUUUCGGCAUUUCAUUAUUUUGUCUUUCUUGCUCUCUUCCUGUCAACACACCAGUUCAUAUAUUCACUAAAUGCUUUCAGAAACAGUAAAUAAGAGCUUUAUUAAUUAACUACAGACUUUCUAGACAGCCUUUUUUUAUGAUCCUUUGGAGUAAUUACAGGUUUGAGCAAGUGAGCCAUUAGAUAAAAAUGUUAAUUAGUAAUAAUCAUCAUAAAUCAUCAAUUCUCAUCAGUCAAC